AUGACUGAUUUGGGGGCUUUAAAAUAUUUUCUGGGGUUGGAAAUUUCUUAUACUAAUAAUGGCUUGUUUAUCAAUGAAGCCAAAUAUACCAGAGAUGUUUUGCAACGAUUUGGGAUGUUGUCUGCUAAACCCUGCACUACUCCCAUGAGUUUGUCUUCCACUACUGAUAUUGGUGCUUCUUGCUCAGCUGAAGAUAUUCGGAAUUAUCGAAGUCUUAUAGGAUCCCUUCACUAUCUAACAUUUACACGGCCAGACAUCACAUUUGCAGUUGGGAAGCUUUCCCAAUUUAUGCAUGCUCCCUGGGACUCACAUGAUAGGAGAUCUACGUCGGGCUUUGUUAUCUUUCUUGGCUCUAAUCCAAUUUCGUGGGGAUCUAAGAAGCAAUCCACAGUGUCUCGGAGCUCUACGAAAGCUGAAUAUCGGUGUUUGGCUUCAACAGCUGCUGAGCUAUUUUGUGUUCGUCAACUUCUGAAGGAUCUUCAUGUAUUUAGCACACAGUCACCUGUUCUUUGGUGUGAUAAUGCUUCUGCUAUACAGUUAGCAAAAAAUCUUGUUUUCCAUGGGUGA